GCUCGCUUGGAGCAGAUAGCAGGGCGACACAGGAGAUUGUCAACUUGCAGCUCGACCUGUUACUUACAUGACCUAGCGCCAACCGAGUGCGUCUCUACUGGAUAUUGUUCUUUAUAAUAACAACAUGGAGCAGGAUAUGUCAGCCACAUCGACUCCCAGAAGAACCACAAGCCUUGUAUGGCAAUAUUUUACCAAACUUGGAAAAAAAGGAAAAUGCCGUUAUUGCCCACAGAUAAUUUCCUGUUCUGCUGGCUCCUCAUCAAACCUAAAAAGACAUCUAAAAUCGAAGCAUCCAACAGCGUAUUUGGAAAUGCGAGUGUCAGGAAAUCGCUCAGGUUCGCCAUCAACUGAUGCAGAAAUUCAAGAGAUGAUUUCUCACGAAACGUCUUCAAUGAUGUCUGCUUCUGCCUCAGAUGAAGUGCAGCCUCGAAAAAAGAAGCGCAGCAAAGAACCUUUGCUCGAUGACGCACGAGGAGCAUCACAAUAUGCUAAUAGCAUCACAGACAGUGGCACUAUGAGUGCUGAAGAUCUAUUUUGCAAAUUUGUUGCAUCAGAACUGCGGCAAAUGUGCUGUGAAGUACGCCAGGAAACAAAGGCCAAUAUUAUGUUGGCAUUAACGGAGGGAAUGCGGAAGCAGUCAGCUCUGAGCCUCAAGACAGUCUCACAAACCGGCUGUCAAAAUUCAUCGUCUACUCUCUGCCCACCUGGUCCAAGUACAGCCCACAGAUUGGUCUCUACAGUUCAAGCUUCACCUGCAACAAUAACACCUAAAGAAGACGUAACCUACUUCCAGUCAUCACAGGAUAUUGUAUAUACGACAUAUUCUGAUGCACUGGAACAAAGUCUGUAAUU